UCUUUGUUUGAUUUCUUCUUGAUUUAAAGUUGAAAAGAAAUGGAAUGAUCAUGGCUUUGAACAACAAUGGAUUGAAAUUAUUUGCCUCCACUAUAUCACUUCUUCCCCUGUCUGCCAUGAAGAAACGGUAAAGUUGUUUCCGUAUGAUCUAUGUGUUACGAGUUCAAGCUGUGGAAACAACCACUAAUGUAUACAUUAGGAGUGGUGUUGGUUUCAUGUGUUUUUCUUUACUUAGCUUCAAUUUUCCUAUUCAAAGAUCCCAAUUGUUCAUCUUUUGAGCUCUUACAUUACUCAUCAAGAUUUACAACCCCACAAUUUGGUCAUGAUUCUAGUCCAACAAACCUUAAUCAUCUUCUUUUUGGACUUCUUGGCUCAGAAGAAGCAUGGCACUUUAGGAAAGAAUACAUUGAAUCAUGGUGGAGACCUAAUAAAACACGCGGUUAUCUCUUUCUUGAUGUGGCUCCAAGAGGCGAUGAUCUUUUGCCAUGGUCCUCAUCUUCCCCACCUUAUAGGGUAUCCGAUAACAUAACUCAAUUAAUUGAAGAAACUAAACAUGUAGCACCAACUAUGGCACGAAUGGUGCAUGGGAUAAUGGAGGUCUUUAGGGAAGACCAUGAAGGAGUGAGAUGGGUGGUUAUGGGAGAUGAUGAUUCAAUAUUUUUUGUUGAUAAUAUGGUUGAUGUUCUUGCGAGAUAUGAUCACACAAAGUAUUACUAUUUGGGGGGUCAAUCAGAGUUUAUAAUGUCAAAUCAUUGGUACUCAUUUAAUCAAGCAUUUGGUGGAGCUGGAUUUAUUUUGAGUUACCCUUUGGCAAAAGCUAUGUCUAAGUAUAUAGAAAGUUGCUUGAGGAGAUACCCUUUCUUAAGAUCCGCUGAUCAAAUAACUAUGGUUUGCAUAUCUGACGUUGGAGUCAUUCUUACUCCUCUUAAAGGUAGUCAUCAGAUAGAUUUGCGCGGUGAUAUAUCUGGUUUAUUAUCGUCUCAUCCAAAAGCUCCAUUGAUGUCACUUCACCAUCUAGAUGCUACAGAAUCUAUCUUCCCUUCAAUAGAGAGACGACAAUCUGUCCGCCACCUUAUGAAGGCAGCAAAUCUAGAUCAAUCGCGCAUGUUACAACAAGUUAUUUGCUACAACAGGCCUAGCAAUUGGUCAUUUUCUAUUUCAUGGGGUUACUCAGUUCAUAUUUAUGAGAACAUUUUGCCUAGAAGCCAUUUACAAUUACCAAUUGAAACCUUUCAACCUUGGGGAGUUACACCUAAAGACCCUCCAUAUUACAUGUUAAAUACAAGGUGGCGUACAAAUGAUUCUUGUGAAGCUCCUCAUGUUUUCUUCAUGAAAAAUGUAGAAAAAACGAAGAGAUAUGAAAUCCUUACUACAUAUUCGCGAUCAUCACCUCGAAAAUUGUUGUCUUGUUCAUAUAGUGGUAACCAUUCUGCUGAUUAUAUCUCCAAGAUUGAAGUCUACUCUCCAAGAAGGAAAAGAAUAGAGAUGGAUAGAUGUGAAUGUUGUGACGUGAUACACAAAAAGGGCACCAACAAGGCAAAGAUUAAACUCAGGGAAUGUCGUGUGGAUGAAAUAAUUGCUUAGUGGAAUAUUAUAA